AUGUCGAAGCCGAACCAGCUCUUCCUGCUCGCCGACCACAUCAAGCUCUCGCUGCUGGAGCGCCAGCGAGCCCAGUCGUUGAACCUCGAGGGCAACUCGCAGGACGGCCACAUUUCCCGGUCUAUCGAGCAGUUUAGGGAUGGCCUGGACGCUUUAAAGAAGAGGAGCAGAGGCUCCGGGACAAAGGCAAUGAAGACGCCGCCCUCAACAUCUCCGACGCCCUCCCCUCCCUCCAAAAACAGCUCGACGACCUCACCUCCCAAUUCCACGGCUUCACCACCCUCCACGACCUCCACCCUCACCCACCCCAACGACCCCUCCCUCGCCUCCGACUUCGCCCACGCCACCACCGUCCCCGCCGCCAAGUCCUCCUCCUCCCCUUCCCCCACAGCAACAAGAAGCGCACCUCCCGCUCCCCCACCGCCGGUCACAAGUCCGUCCGCUUCUCCGACACCCCCGCCGGCGACAACGGCGACGACGACGACGAUAACGACCCCUCCAUCGAGCUCUUUGCUCGCUACCGCGACGAGCCGGGCCCCCUCCGGCGUGGACCGCGCCCAGGGCAUGACCAAUGAGCAAAUCCACGCCUACCACGCCAACGUCCUCGACGAGCAGGAUGAGCAGCUCGACCGCCUCGGUGAGACUAUCGGUCGCCAGAGGGAGCUAAGCAUGCGCAUGGGCGACGAGCUCGAGGCCCAGAUCGAGAUCCUGGACGAGACCGACGCCAUGGUCGACAGGCACCAGAGCAGGCUGGACAGGGCGCUAGACAUGUGCAGAGUUGCAGCAUCGGCCCAGGCCGGUCCGGUGUGGGCCGUGUAUCAGUACUAG